UUUUGCUACUAAUAGUCACAUUUAAAAAAUUCCAAAAACCUAGGAAGCUUCAUCAGCCCGUAGCUCAGAACCCAAAAAACCCUCCCUUUUUGUCUCAAUUCCCUCUCUCUUCUUCAGUCUUCUGAUCUCCGCUUUCUCCUUCACCCCAAAUGAUCAAACCCUAGGCGCACGAAUCUCCCCCACUUUCUCUCCCUAAAACUAUGCCGACGUUUUCGACUAUAGAGCUUGAGAACCUACUGGAGCCGCGAGUUCGAGAUUCCUACACGAAGCCGCCGUUAUCCGACCGGAUUGCAGCUCCCCCACCUCCACCGAAACGCGAUGAAAGCUACGCCCUUCAAGGGAGGGAAAUUUCAGUGUCUAAGGCCCCGCCGGCUCCCAGACACAUUUACAUAUCUCCGGCGUUGUAUGCAACUCCGGAACAGGCUCCGAUUCCGGAUACGGCGUCCGAGCCUUCGUCGCCGUCUCCUUAUGUUGUGAAUCACAAGCGUCGAGGUGGCGGAGUUGGAGUGGUUGGGAAUCGGAAUGGUGGUGGAUUUGAAAUUCCGGCGGAGGAGAAGGGAGGUGAAUUGGUGGUGGUGGAGGAGGAGGCUGGGGAAGUGAUGCAGGAUAAUUUUGGUGGCGGAGUUGAGGAUGAAUUAUUUGGGGAGGAGGAAGAUGGCUUUUUGGAUCCGAGGUGCGAGUCCGAGAGUUUGGGGAGUAGAAAUGAGGUGACUGGACAAUUUGAUUGUCGGAGUUUUGUUUCAAAUCAAGGCGAAUUUUUCGAUGCAAUUGAAGAUUUUUCCUCGGACACGUCUAAUUCAAAUGCACCUUCAUAUGACCCAAAUCUCGAAUCUGAAAUGCGUUCCCUAAGGCUUAGUCUCCUGGAGGAGAUUGAAAGGCGCAAGCAAGCCGAGGAGGAUCUUAGCUUAAUGCGCGGUCAGUGGCUGAGGAUCAUUGAUCUUCUGUCUGAGGUUGGAAUAGCUUUGCCUUCACCUUCAAAUUCUAGUGGGAGUAUGCAGCAAAACAAUGCUGCAUUUGAGGACCUCGCUCAAGAGGUUGUUGUUGCUAGAUUUGUUGCACACGCAAUAGGAAUAGGUGAGGCACGAGCUGAAGCUGAAAUAGCUGCAGAGGCAAUCCUUGAAUCCAAAGACCAGGAAAUAUCUCGGUUGCGUGACAAGCUGCAAUACUAUGAAGCUGUUAAUCAUGAAAUGUCACAGAGGAAUCAGGGAAUCAUAGAGCUCGCAAGGCAGCAACGGCAGAGAAGAAAGAUCCGAAGAAGGUGGUUUUGGAGUUGCAUUGGAGUUUCAAUUGCCAUUGGGAUUUCAGCAGUUGCUUACUCAUACCUGCCUCAGGCAAGCAAGCAUCAAGAAGGGUCUAGCUGUAGUGAUGCCUCCACUGGUUCUUGCAUCAGCAGCUUUGAUACUGCUUAGGCAUGGAUUUUGGAUGAAUGUUAACUUUGUCCAAGACUGUGCAGAUUUUUUGCAAUUUUGCUGCCUAAUAAUAGUAGUUGGUAUAGCCUAUGCAGAGAUUUAGGCGCAUUCCAUUCCUGCAGUGUUAGGAAAAUUUUCGUUGACAUGACUAUUCGGCAGAUAAUGUGCAGUCCAAAACUAAUUGAACUAGAGUUGCAGAAGUGAACUUUAAAGGAUAAGUAUUCUUGACUUUUGCAGGGAAUCAGUUUCCCCCCUUCCCCUUAAUCUGAGAAUACGAUUCUCCACAUUUUAAGGAGUGUGAAGAUUUAAAAAGAUCAUUGCUGAAAUUCAAGAUGGAUGAUUGGCUUCUGACAUAUUAGCUGACCAGAGAAACUAACAAAUGCUGAAAAACAAGUUAUGCAGAAUCCCUGGCAUGGCAUUACUGCUGGUAAUCACGAUAGCUCCACCAAUGAAACUGAAGAAUGUUGCUCUGCUGCACAUCAAAACAUUUUCUUGGACAAAUGCUUAAUUUGAUGGUAGAGAUUUUGGCCAACAUUUGUACCAAUGAAAUUUCUAGCCAGACGAGGCUUGUUUUCUCUUUUUUAAGCUCUUUGGUUAUAUAACGGGACCAAACUUAUCAGUUGAACCCGUACUAUUUGAUAGAUCACAGGAUGUAGAUUAUCCCGUCAAUGAGAUCCUAAACUGUAAAAAAACUUGUAAUUGGAACAAGACUGAGGAACUCACAGUACCAUUUUAAGUCUAACAAUUGUGAGGUAAA